AGUUAAGUUUCAGUUUGACAAAUGAAUUACCUAUAAAUAAUUCUUAUAUCUUAGCUCAGCGUGAUAAAUAUAUUUUUAAUUUUCGUACUACAGGCAUAUAUUGUUUUAAUAAUAUUUUUUCGUCAUGCCUGAAAACGAAAGUUUAGUGCAAUGCUACAACCGUGGUUGUGGUAAACUUUUUGAUCCCAAUAAGAAUGACAAAGAUGAAUGCUGCCAUCACCCUGGUGCUCCAGUUUUCCAUGAUGCUUACAAGGGUUGGUCUUGUUGUAACAAAAAGAGUGUUGAUUUCACAGAAUUCCUCAACAUAAAAGGCUGCACAGUUUCGAAACAUUCUAAUGUGAAACCUCCAGAACCUGAGAAAAAAGCUUUAGACAAAGAAUUGGAGAAAAAGGAAGUUAUUGAAGUAAGAGCACCAGUAGUUGGUCCACAACUACCAAGACCACCUUUUGACUCACCAUUAGUCACCUUAGAGCCCCGAAUAGCAGAAUCUUUAAAAGAAAUUGUACAUAAAUCUACACAACAAGCAGCAACUUCUAGUGAUGGAAAUACUGUAGCAAUUGGUACAUCAUGUAAAAAUGGAGGUUGCAUCAUAUCUUAUGAAGGACCACAGAGUAAUACCAGUAUGUGCACAUUUCAUCCUGGAUGUCCAAUCUUCCAUGAAGGGCUCAAGUUUUGGUCAUGUUGUCAAAAGAGAACUACAGAUUUCAACACCUUUCUUAGCCAGCCUGGGUGUACAACCGGUACUCAUAAGUGGUUUAAAGAGAGUUCUCCAGCUGGGACUGUUAAAUGCCGCUGGGAUUGGCAUCAGACUCCUGACUUUGUUAUUGUUAGUGUAUAUGCAAAAAAAUAUGAUCCAUUUUCAAGUUUUGUUAAGCUGAACCCUAUACGAUUGAAUACCAAACUAGUGUUUCAUGAAGAAGGCAAUGCAAUAUUUGAACUUGAUCUUGAACUACGAGGAGUGAUAGAUAUAGAUAAGAGCAGCGCAUCUAUGUUGGGCACAAAAGUUGAAAUAAAACUGAAAAAAGGAGAAGCAGGUGCUUGGAGCAAACUUGAUUUUCCAAGAUCUGAACCUAAAAAAGAAUCACAAAAACCUGAGGUGCAGAAUGUUGAAGAAGAUGACGCAGUAGAUUUAUCUACAGUGGAGGCCAUACAUUCAAUGGGCAAAGUAAACGUCACAGGCUGAUGUCAAAAUGUUAAAUCAAAUUACGUACAAAUUGAUUAAAAUAUAAAAAAUAGCAAAUCUGAGACAUUUAUUUUUAUAUUGCCCUAUUUAUAGCUUUGUAGUUUUUGUGUAUCAAAUGAGUUAAGUUUUUAUUUGGCAGUUGCAAAUAAAAGUGCUUUUG